GCCUGGGAGCGGGGCGCAGGUGCGCGCAUGCGCAUUGGGGCGGAGGGCGAGCGUUGGCAGGUGUUUGGGGUGGGCGUUGGCGGGUGAUGGGGCUGCCAGCGCUGUUGCUGCUCGCGCUGUGCGCGGCGGGAGCCCGGGGGCUCUACUUUCACAUCGGCGAGACCGAAAAGCGUUGCUUCAUCGAGGAAAUCCCGGACGAGACAAUGGUCAUCGGGAACUACCGCACCCAGAUGUGGGAUAAGCAGAAGGAGGCCUUCCUGCCCUCGACCCCCGGCCUGGGCAUGCACGUGGAGGUGAAGGACCCUGAAGGCAAGGUGGUGCUGUCCCGGCAGUACGGCUCAGAGGGCCGCUUCACCUUCACUUCUCACACUCCUGGUGACCAUCAGAUCUGCCUGCACUCCAACUCUACCAAGAUGGCUCUCUUUGCUGGCGGCAGACUGCGUGUGCACCUAAACAUCCAGGUUGGGGGGCAUGCCAACAACUACCCUGAGAUUGCUGCCAAGGAUAAACUGACAGAGCUGCAGCUCCGAGCCCGCCAGUUGCUUGAUCAGGUGGAACAGAUCCAGAAGGAGCAGGAUUACCAGAGGUAUCGUGAAGAACGUUUCCGUCUGACCAGUGAGAGCACCAACCAGAGAGUCCUGUGGUGGUCCAUCGCUCAGACCAUCAUCCUCAUCCUCACUGGCAUCUGGCAGAUGCGUCACCUCAAGAGCUUCUUUGAGGCCAAGAAGUUGGUGUAGUGUCCUCUCCAUUUGACCCUUCCCUGUCACCUCAGUUAUUUGGUACUUUUCCCCACCCAAUACCUUAUCUACCUGGAUUUUGAGGGGAAAAAUAACAAAAGAAUAUAAGACACACUGGUUCCAUGGUAACAAAGUAUUCAGAUCACCCACUUGUUAAUACUGGUUCCCAAGGACACAGGACAUUGGUCCAAGCUUUCAGAGAUGUCUUGGGGUUUCUGUGGAGUCGAAACUGACCCAGGACUAAGUCUUGCUUCUUUCGCCUCCAGUGAUUCCCCUCCAUCCUCUUGGAAAAUGAGCAAAUGAAAAAUAUCUCCUACUCCUUGAACCUCUUCAUCUGCUUAUGAAGUAGGCAACGAAAAUGCCCCAGCGAGAAGGUCCCGCCUCACUGCUCCCAUCAGUCCUGGGUUCACUCAGUGGCUUUGUGAAUGUAAAUAAGGGCCAGAGGCCCCAGAGGAUUGAAAUGUUUUUCUAUAUAUUAGAACUAUUUUUUGAUAAAAUUAUCUAUUUUCCUUCCUAGUCCAAGUGUUCCUGCCUUUGUGUGACUAGCUGAAAACACCAGUGCAGUCCCUUCUGCAUUCUGUUCAUCCGUGCAGUUCUGGUAACUGUCAUGGCAGCUCUCAGGGCCAGAAAGCAGAUGUGACAGCUGCUCUCAAGGCCUAAUCAGAGUGCCAGGCAGAGCGUUCUCUGGGACACCCGUGAUUUCCAUCACACAGGGCCUCAAGAGGAAGAGGUGGUGACGGAGCUAGUACAAGGCAGGGCACUCUUACCCUCCCCCUUCCCUUAACUUUUAUUUAAGCUGUGGUAAAUGUUUUCUUCACGGGAACCAGAUUUGGUUCUUUAUACAGGGUUUUUCCAGUGAAAUAAAAUGUGUUGUAGUA